AUGUCUGACGACAAUACCCGCCGCCACUGGCACGGAAGCCCAGGCGACCGUUACCAGCACCUCAAUGUCUGGAUGAACGGCGGUGCCAAGAGUCCUAGCGGUCGUGCUGCGUGGGCGAUGCCAGAUACCAGAAGGGACUCCAACACCUCAACCUCCUCAAACGGAAAACAAACCGAAGGAACCUCAGGAGAGCGUCGCCGCAGCUCCGCAGGCUCUAACAACGGCCUCUUCUCGAACCUGCAAACGCAGAAGCGUGAAUCCUCAAGCCCGGAUAUGGCUACCCGCCGCGCAAGCUGGAAUGAACAGGCUGCUAAGGGGGGUAUGUUCUCGAAGUGGUGGGAUGGAUACACCCGGGGUAGUGCCAAUAAGUAG